AUGAUCUUGCAGGCUGUUCUUUCUGUUAGCAUCAAAGACAAGGACAAGGUGGACUCUGGUGUUCCUCUGGUGAUGCAGUUAAAACCUCUAUUGUCAUAUUAUGGCCUAACACACAUUGGUUUAGUCAACGGAAACGACGUUGAAAGAUUAAUAAGCACAGUUUCGAAAGAUGAUGAUUACUUCCUCAAUUCAAUCCGUGACGCGAGAAUCUCACCGGAGGUUGCAGAUGUUGCUAAUGAUGCUGUUAUAGUAGUGAUCAUGUAUGCUCCAGACGCGGAUCUGAGGAAGAAUACAUUUGAGGCACUAAAGAGGAGAGGGAUCCUUCUGGAUCAAGUAAGAAACCACAUGAGCACAAGCAGCUUGCAAGCUACGGAAUGUGAGACUCAUGUUACUGAGAUAGUGGAGCUGGUCUUAAAGCCUCGCCUCCACGUGGUGGUCCUCCACUCUUUCCGGACCAGAGUGAUGAGCUUUGAAAGUGGAGAUGAAGCAGCAGAACAACUGAAACCAUUAGAAGUGGAAAUCUCUCAUCUGAGGUCUUGCGACAGAGAAUACAAAACUUUACUCCCGGAACCAUCAAGGAAAAAGUUUAUAGGGCAUGAGCAAGGUAAAAAGAGGCAACAGUCAGUUACAAGAGGUGACAUGGGAUUUCCAUUACGUCUGACUUCACAUAGGGAACAGAAUGUUCCUAUGAGAACAUGGUGUAAUUUGAUUCCACCUGUUGACCUCACCAUCCCGUUCGUCCUGGUGCACAAGCUUCAUCGCAGCAUAGCAGACGCUAUCAACUGGGCACAUCACAACACAGCCAUUUUGCGCAAUGUGGGUUUAAUGGAGCUACUAGCAUUGAGUAUUAGACUACUGCUAGCAUUGCGUUCUAGACUUGAAAUUUAA